AGUUAUUGACGAUCAACAAGUCCUCAUUGGGCUUCACAGUCUUGUCUUUAGACACAUUCGUGGAAUUCUUUCCACAGCUCGGUUUCAUAGUAGAUCUUAAAUUAUGGACGUUUCAUACAUUAAUUAGCUGUAUAAAUAUGCCUUAUAGCAGGUGAGAUGCGACUUCCGUAGAAAUACAUAAUUAACAUUUCCCUUACUAAGAUGGCGACCCUGGCCUACCAUUGCAGCGUCUAAGCGAGGUGACGCCCAGUAGAACCGUUUCCACGGCAACGACGCUGUUUACAGCUCCGCGCGUUGGCAACGAAUCACUUAAACCCAAGCUUUCAGGAAGAUGGCAAAUCUAAAUUAACAAAGCUUUAAAAAAAACAACCAAACCCAAGCACUGAUUGGUUCUUUCGUUUAUUUAGCUGCUUGUCACUGAAACAUGGAGAAAAGUGGUAAGAAGCUGAUCAUGCCCGGCACGCCGUACACCAGACUGGAGGAGGUGCCCGAGGGUCCUUCCUCUCUCGAAGAGGACCUCCACCUCAGUCUCCAUGACUCGCUGGAGUUGGACACGGAGAGCCUGGCACAGGAGAGGAGGUACCAGUUUGAGCUUCAACAGAGGAUUCACGAGAACGAGGGGGCGUACAGGAGCUUCGAGGAUACGCCCAGAGACCACAGCAAUAAUAGUGAGGAGGAGGAGGAGGAGGAGGAGGAGGGAGAUGAUGUCUAUGAUAGUUUAGAUGAACCAGCUUUCAAGCAGGUCCAAAGAGGCAGGACAACGGACAACCAAGACCAGAGCACUCCCCCUCAUCGAGGCAAGCAAGGAGUGAGGUAUUAACCUUUGUGUUAAUUUAAAAAAUAAAUAAAUAAAUAAAUAAAAGUUGCAGCCUUGCAUAUCUGUGAUUGUUGCUGGUCUAAACCAAACAUGUAUGAUUCAGAUUACACCAUGUAGGAAAUUAUCUGAGUGGAUUACAGCCCUCCCUACACCUACCAAUUAGUUGCCCCUUCAGGCACACAACUGGUGCCCCUCCCCCUCAUCCCUCCCCUGCUCUUUCUCAGGCCUGGAGGGGACAAUAUAUUGUGAUCUGGUCAGGUGGCAGAAGCUAAACCAGGCUGCUAAUCAUAAUGUAAAAAAAAAAAAACCUCCCAAAAUAAAAGCCAGCAGCCCUAUUUCUGCUCUUCAUUAUUCAGG